AUGGCAGCCGUUUUUCAAGGCCUAGAAGAGGUUUUGUACAUGGACGAUGUGUUAGUAACGGGGGUGACUCCUGAGCAGCAUACCCAGAGAUUAACGGAAGGAGAACGAUUUGAAUGGGAAAGGGAACAGGAAGUAGAGUUUGAAGAACUAAAAUGUCGAAUUGGGAGAGAAUCUAUUCUAGUAUGCUUUAAUAACGAUUUGGAGAGCGACGGAACUAGAUAUUCGGUUAUCGAGCAAGACGCUUUGGCCGUUAUUUUUGGAUUGACAAAAUGUUGGGAGUACUUAAUAAGGGGUAGAUUCAUGGUAUAUACGGACCACAAACCAUUGGUGCAUCUUUUUAAGAAGGAUAAUAAAGAGCUAAUGUUAUCGCCUAGACUACAGAGAUGGCUACUGGUGGGCAGUUUUGACUUACAAUUAAAAUAUCGGCGGGGAAGAGAGAAUUAUUUACUGGAUAUUCUUUCUGGAUGUGGAGCGGGAGAGAAUGUCGAAGAUAGUGAGUCGAAAGGUAUGGAGAAGGAGGAUGAGCAUGGAUUGAUUAGGGCUAUGGCCAGGGUUGCCAUGUCUCCCCCCAUCAGCGGGAGACUCCCACAAUUUUUUAGCAUGCAAAAGGAACUGAAGACAUGGCGAGAUGAAGACAAUGUAGAAAAAGAUUUGGCCAUAGUAGAUGAAUGUGUGGUACGAGGGAAUAGAGGUGUAGUGCCACUCAAAUUAAGAGAUGCUGUGUUGAUAAUGAUCCAUGCGGGGCAUCAAGGAGUGGAGAAGAUGAAACAAGGGGCAGAUAAUAUGUAUGGUGGCCGGGAAUGA